GACAGCGAUGCGAACCUCCCAUUGAUUGAUCUCCACUACACUCCCCGCUGACCAGAGAAAACACUCGAUAGCGAAUGCGAGAGGGGAUUUAAAUUAGACAUAUACUGUCCACCUCAGUUGACGGACGAGGUAGCUGUUCGCUUUUUCAUGUAGAUAGGAUAUUCGUUAUUUAGCUCUGCUCACCGACCAGCCUGACAUUGACACGGAGCGACGCUCGCUAGCUCGUAAUGUCGGCACUGUUGGACUUGUUUUCCCCUCUAGACCCCGCUUCCUGUUAGCCUUGGGCUAGCUGGAAAAUCGAAUUUAUGCUAAUGAACGAGCAGGUAUAGUUAGCAAACGCAGAGGGGUGUAACUUUUCUGUUUACUGUAGGCAAGCCGCUGUGGUUUACUUCUAAUUUAUUGACAAACUUAUGGUAAUAACUUUAUUUUGCAAGCAACUACCGGGCGGCCGUUCUUUUGUUUUUUGUUUUUUUUUUUAGUUUGCUAACGCUUUACAGCUAGCCAUCUUGCUUAUGUUUUGUGUUGUCGGAUCGAAGUGUUUUAUUUAGCUGGCUUUUUGGUGGCACAGAGCAGGCUAUUAUUUUCAGUUGUUCCUAAAUAUAAGUCUCGGCAAUGGUUUCACUCAUAUAAGACUUAAUUCUGUGCGACCGGUGCGUAUAAAAUACUUUUAUUUAAUGUGGGGAAAGCCUGACUGUUGACUGUGAAAACACAAAAGAGACGCAGAAAAUUGUUAAACCGUUCUAGUAAUGAGGACAGCACUGGCGAUAACGAAGAGUUAAAACAUAAUUUUUUUGUACUGUAUGCAGAUGUAUUAAUUUGGAAUACUUAUGGUUUAAGAAAAUAAUAAGCGGUUUUUCGUUAAGUUGAGCGGCACCGAUAGCAAAAAGGGGAAAGAGUGGAUGGAGUCGAUGCAGAUGGUGCUUGUGCGACAUACGAGGGCUGUGCUUCCCUGAACCUGCUGCCUUCAGGUGUCUCAUCUCAUUAAAACAAUAGCUUUAAAUGCCUCAGAAAACACUCGCAGUAGCAGGUGAUCGUCAGAGGUAACUGGGCGGGUAGAGAGAGAGAGACGGAAAAGCGGUCUGAAGAGCGAGGCACCUGCCCGUACAUCACAUUACAUCCACCACCGCCCUCGUCCUUUUCUAGCCAUGGACCCCCCGAGGACUCGGUCGCGGUCUCGGUCUGGCUUCUUUCAUUUCGCCAUGAACGGCAGCGUUGGAAGCAACGGCGGCGCUAACGCGAUCGGUAACGGGGGCUUGAUGAGCGCCAGCGGCGGAGGGGUGAACUACCCGCAGCAGAGCAACUCUAGCUGGGCGCCGCACCACGGAGGUCGUAGCUACCCCGAGAACCAGCAGCAGCACACCCAGGGGAGCUACCUGUCCGCAGGGGCGCAGCGCCACUCUUCGCACGGAGCUCACAGGCAUCCCGGAGCCGGAGGAGUGCUACAUUUUCAUCCAGAUAAUGUGUGCAGCGAGGAUCGGGACAAAAUGGAAGACAGCCCAAGCCCAAAAAGGCAGCGUCUUUCCCAGCAGUCCAUGUUAGAUUUAAACUCCGCCCCACCCUCAACUCCUUCCUCUCCCAUUCGCCCCUGGGAGCUGCCGCCAAGUCGCAGACCACACCCCCACUACAUGCCAGAGCGAUGCCACACACCCCUUCGAAACCGUCGCAGCCCUCCAAUGAGGCGUCAGCGUGGCCGGAGAGACCGUCUGACCCGACACCACCACCACCACGCCCACAACAACAACAACCAUCACCACUACAACAGCAACAACAAUCACCACCACCACCAUCACCCCAAUGCCCACCAUCAUCAUCACCACCACCACCUGCACUCCCACAACGGCCCUUCACCUGGCCAUCAGGAUGAAAACUACCGCCAUCCAGCUCCUCCACAGGGCUACCCACCCUAUAACCAGCAGCCUCCCCGAGGGCCUGGGGCAGGGCCCGGGCCUGAGGAACGCCCCGGGUACCAUCCUCCCAAUCCCUCCCCGAGGCCUCUUCACCAGUCUCCAAACCUUUCUCCCAGGCUGCUGCACCCUGCAGCUCAUCCACAGCACCCACACGCCCACCCUUCCCAGCAACAGAGCAGUGUGGUGCUGGAUCUUCAUGAGCAGGGUUCAGCUCCAGUCUCAUAUCCUGUGACUCCACCGGGAGCGCCACCAGGCCUGCCACCUCGCUCUGCCCCACAGCAGAUCCCAGCAUGCUCUGUGGUCUUCAGUGGUCAACACUAUCCUGUGUGCAGCGUCCCUCCUCCCGUCCUUCAGACUUGUUCUGUGCAGCACUUACCAAUGCCCUACCCAUUCCCAUCACUGUUGUCCAGUGAUCCGGCCUUCCUGCUCCCCCCACCUCAUCUCACCCAUACCCCCACACAUCUUUCCCACCAUCCACCUCAUUUGCCUCAGCCUGGACAGUUUGGACCAUAUCCAGCACAGCAGGCCCGUUCGCCGUUACAGAGGAUAGAGAAUGAUGUUGAGCUGCUUGGCGAGCAUCUGUCUUUGGGUGCUGGGCUUCACUAUCCUCCUGCCACCCACCCUGCACUCACCCCACACUCCACACAACUCCACUUCCUGUCCCAUGACCCCUUGCCACAGGAAUUCUUUGGAGUGUCCUAUCCAAACUUCAUUCCUCGCCGUCUGCCAGGGCGACGGUACCGCUCCCAGCAGCUGCCACCUUCGCCUUACCACCCCAGCCUCUUGCCUUACUUCCUAUCAAUGCUGCCAGUCCAGCCAGGUCCUGCAAUCAGUCUAGAACUGGAUGUCGAUGAUGGUGAAGUGGAAAAUUAUGAGGCUCUGCUGAACCUCGCUGAGCGCCUGGGAGAGGCUAAACUCCGAGGACUGACCAAGGGAGACAUAGAACAGCUUCCUUCUUAUCGAUUUAAUCCAAAUAACCAUCAGUCUGAGCAAACACUGUGUGUGGUAUGUAUGAGUGAUUUUGAGUCGCGUCAACUGCUAAGAGUUUUGCCCUGCAGUCAUGAGUUCCACGGAAAGUGCGUCGACAAGUGGCUGAGGGCCAACAGGACGUGCCCCAUUUGUCGAGCGGAUGCCUCAGAGGUCCAGAGAGACUCGGAGUGACCACACGAGGGAGCCAGACACUCCUUAAUGUCCGUCAGACAUGUUCAGCACUGCCUGCUCUCUCUCUCACACACACACACACACACACACACACACACACACACACACACUCUCACACCACAACCUUAUAUAUUUGUGACCAUAAUCUUAUAUGUUUGUGCAGCACUCUCUCUUCCUAUGUUCUUUUCAUUCUUUGCCAAAAUGUUGCAUCCCCUCAUACAUGUAAUGUCAUUUUCAUGGGAUGA